GCCUCGAGCGGCUGCCUCGCGACCGCGCUCCGGCCCUGCACGAACCGGCGCGAUGAAUGAUUUUGGAAUCAAGAACAUGGACCAGGUGGCCCCUGUGUCUAACAGUUACAGAGGGACACUCAAGCGACAGCCGGCCUUUGACACCUUUGAUGGAUCCCUGUUUGCCAUUUUCCCCGCCCUGAAUGAAAAGCAAGCACUCCAAGAAGUGCCCACAGGCCUGGAUUCCAUUUCUUACGACUCGGCCAGCUGCGAGUUGCCCCUGCUGACUCCCUGCAGCAAGGCUGUGAUGAGUCAGGCCUUGAAGGCUACCUUCAGUGGCUUCAAGAAGGAGCAGCGUCGUCUGGGCAUCCCCAAGAACCCCUGGCUGUGGACGGAGCAGCAAGUAUGCCAGUGGCUUCUCUGGGCGACCAAUGAGUUCAGCCUGGUGAACGUCAACCUGCAGAGGUUUGGCAUGAAUGGCCAGGUGUUGUGUAACCUGGGCAAGGAGCGUUUUCUGGAGCUGGCACCUGACUUUGUGGGCGACAUUCUCUGGGAGCAUCUGGAACAGAUGAUCAAAGAAAACCAAGAAAAGACAGAGGAUCCGUAUGAAGAAAAUUCCCACCUCAACUCAGUUCCUCAUUGGAUUAACAGCAAUUCAUUAGGUUUUGGCGUGGAGCAGGCGCCCUACGGAAUGCAGGCGCAGAAUUACCCCAAGGGCGGUCUCCUGGACGCCAUGUGCCCGUCCGCAGCGGCAGCCGGUGCCCUCGGCUCCGAGCAGGAGUUCCAGCUGUUCCCCAAGUCUCAGCUCAGCGCUGUGGGCGUCAGCUACUCCGUCAGCCAGGACUUCGCCGGCAGCAGCUUGAGUCUGCUCACCAGCGGCUCUGGGAAGUCCGGAGAGCGCGACUCCCCGGAGAACGGCGGGGACAGCUUCGAGAGCUCGGACUCGCUGCUGCAGUCCUGGAGCAGCCAAUCGUCCCUGCUGGAGCAGCGGGUGCCUUCCUUCGAGAGCUGUGACGACGACUGCAGCCAGUCCCUGUGCCUCAGCAAGCCGACCAUGUCUUUCAAAGAUUACAUCCAAGAGAGGAGUGACCCGGUGGAGCAGGGCAAACCAGUCAUACCUGCGGCCGUGCUGGCCGGCUUCACAGGAAGCGGACCGAUCCAGCUGUGGCAGUUUCUCCUAGAACUGCUCUCUGAUAAGUCCUGCCAGGCGUUCAUCAGCUGGACGGGCGACGGAUGGGAGUUCAAGCUCGCUGACCCCGACGAGGUGGCCCGCCGGUGGGGAAAGAGGAAAAAUAAGCCCAAGAUGAACUACGAGAAGCUGAGCCGGGGUUUGCGCUAUUACUACGACAAGAACAUCAUCCACAAGACGUCAGGGAAGCGCUACGUGUACCGCUUCGUGUGCGACCUGCAGAAUUUGCUGGGGUUCACGCCCGAGGAACUGCACGCCAUCCUGGGAGUCCAGCCGGACACGGAGGACUGAGGCCCGGGGACCGCCGUCGGGGCCAUCCUGACCCACUGCCCCCGGGCCCCUGCCAGGCCUCUGGACCCUCCGGGAACGUCGCCAAGAAGCAGUGGCCUUAUUUCAUCCGACACCGCAGCCCGUCGCCCAGAGCGACACGAUGUGUUGCAUCUGAAGCCUCCGGACGGAUCACGCUGUUUAUAAUGCAGUCACAUUGAAGUGGCCCGGGGUGCGCUCCCAGCGCCUGCGACAGGACCACGCAGGCUGCUGGCCGUUCUCCGGGCGUGAGCGUGUCGGGGACGUACGCAUUUAUUUUCUUUGCCCUUUGGCAACCAGGAAUCCCCAGUGCGAAAGCGUUGUCUCUGCUUCAGAGGGUGGGGGGACAGGAAAUGAUCGUGCCAUUUCAGAAGUUGGUUUGUAUAUAUGACUGUAAUCUUAUAAUUGUUAUCGAAAUCCUCUAACAGUUCUAUUUAACAGAAAUUGUAUAUUGUAAUUUAAAAUAAUUAUAUUACUGUAUGUGAACUAAGAAUGCAGCGUGUAUUUCAUUUUGCAAGAGCAUCUUUGGCAUUUUGCAAACAUCACAUCUGCCACGGGUAGGCUGAGAGAAUUUGUCACGUGUAUUAUUGACGUCGAAUAUGCCUACAGGCGUAAGGUCUAAGAGGGUUAAUCCUUGUUUUUUUGUUUUGUUUUGCCUGGAUUGUUGUCUGUCAAGGACUUUGUACAUUUGGGAAUUUUUAUACGAAACUUAAUAAUGUUAUUAUCUGGGGCACCUCUGGCUUCUGGUGUGUCCUUUCCAUUGUAAUGUAAAACCUGUAAAGCAGUAUUUUUCUUGACAAAUGGCAUAGGUUUUCCAUUUCUGUGCAUGCCUUUAAAUCAGUCGAUACACAAAACUCAUUUUAUUUCUUAGUUCAAUUGUGUCCCCCAUGACCCC